AUGUUGCUAUGUGCAUGUGCUCCAACUUAUUCCAAUUGCUUUCAGCGUGAGGUUAUUUCUAUUCACAUCGGACAGGCUGGAGUCCAAAUCGGAAAUGCUUGUUGGGAGUUGUACUGUUUGGAGCAUGGAAUCCAACCUGAUGGUCAGAUGCCAUCUGAUAAGUCUGUUGGAGGAUGUGAUGAUUCCUUCUCAACUUUCUUCUCCGAAACUGGAAACGGACGUCAUGUUCCAAGAGCCGUUAUGAUUGACUUGGAGCCAACUGUCAUUGAUGAGAUCCGUACCGGAACAUACCGCUCUCUUUUCCACCCCGAACAACUCAUCACCGGAAAGGAAGAUGCUGCUAACAACUAUGCCCGUGGUCACUACACCAUUGGAAAGGAAAUCAUCGACUUGACCCUUGAUAGAAUCCGCCGUCUCGCUGACAACUGUACUGGACUUCAAGGAUUCCUCGUCUUCCACUCCUUCGGAGGAGGAACUGGAUCUGGAUUCACCUCUUUGCUUAUGGAACGUCUUUCCGUUGAUUACGGAAAGAAGGCUAAGCUCGAGUUCUCCGUCUACCCAGCCCCACAAGUUUCUACCGCUGUGGUCGAGCCAUACAACUCCAUCUUGACUACUCACACCACUUUGGAGCAUUCUGACUGCUCCUUCAUGGUAGACAAUGAAGCUAUUUACGAUAUCUGCCGCAGAAACUUGGACAUCGAACGACCAAGUUACACCAACCUCAAUCGUCUUAUUGGACAAAUCGUAUCUUCCAUCACCGCUUCACUCCGUUUCGAUGGAGCCCUCAACGUUGACUUGACUGAGUUCCAAACUAACUUGGUGCCCUACCCAAGAAUUCAUUUCCCACUCGCUACCUUCUCCCCAGUCAUCUCAGCCGAGAAGGCUUACCAUGAACAACUCUCUGUUGCCGAAAUCACCAACAUGUGCUUCGAACCCCAUAACCAGAUGGUUAAAUGCGAUCCUCGUCAUGGAAAGUACAUGGCCGUCUGUCUUCUCUUCCGUGGAGAUGUUGUUCCAAAGGAUGUUAACGCCGCCAUUGCAACAAUCAAGACGAAACGAUCAAUUCAAUUUGUCGAUUGGUGCCCAACUGGUUUCAAGGUCGGAAUCAACUACCAACCUCCAACUGUCGUCCCUGGAGGAGAUCUUGCUAAGGUUCCAAGAGCUGUUUGUAUGCUUUCCAAUACCACAGCUAUUGCUGAGGCUUGGGCCCGUCUUGACCACAAGUUCGAUCUUAUGUACGCCAAGAGAGCUUUCGUCCACUGGUACGUAGGAGAGGGUAUGGAGGAAGGAGAGUUCUCUGAGGCCCGUGAAGAUCUUGCUGCCCUGGAAAAAGAUUAUGAAGAGGUCGGAGUUGACUCUUUGGAGGACAACGGAGAAGAGGGAGACGAAUAUUAA